AUGCAGGCCUCAAGCCCCCGAAUAAACACUGCUUGCUAUCGUUGUUACAAGCGCAAAGUAAAGUGUUCUCGUGAAAAACCAUGUCGGAAUUGUCGUCUCGCAAGCCGCGACUGCGAAUAUCCCAACCGAGACCGCAAUAUCACCAUUGCUGAAAGUUAUCUUCGAAGUCUCGAGGCGAGAGUUGCAAAUAUUGGGCAUGGGAUCCCUGCCGACCAUCCACCGCUUACUCCUGUGGAUGUGAAUCUCGCUCCGAGGACAGAUCCUCAGGUUGUUGGGAACAAUCUAUCAGACCCGCUUGUUGAAGACCCGACAUCUGAAGUAUUUGUUUCGGGCUUGAAGCAAUUGCAUUCUCCAGCUGCUGUUUUCGCUGGGCCUGAGUUUCCUACCUUUGGGGCUAGUCCGGUCACUGAGACUCAGUCUGUUCAGCGGCAGGCGUAUGAGUAUUAUCAUCUAGACUCUGAUACCUCGAAUCCAUCAUGUUCGUUCAAACUUCCACCAUACUCAUACGCUCUGAUUCUGUUAGACCGAUUCGCCGUCUUCAUUGGUCAUGAUUGGCACUGGUUCAAACGAGAGACAUUCCGGAGGAGACUCGACCUCACAUACAAAGACCCCAAAGCAAAAGAACUAACUGAUCGGCUCUGGCUAUGCUGCCUGCUGGUUGUAUUUGCCCAGGGAGAAACUUACAACUCUGAACCAGUGCCUGAGAUCCACCUAGGAGAUGGAAUUACUCCAGAUACCACAGCGCAGAACGAUAACCAAGCAGCUCGACACGCAGCACCAGGAACAGAAUUCUUUGAGCAGGCAUUAUCCCUUUUGAAUGUUCGUUACGAGGAUCCAUCCAUCGAGCAGGUAGAGGCGUUAAAUCUGGUGGCAUUUUACUCAUACAGUCUGAAUCGAAAAAAGGCGGCAUACAUGUAUGCCGGGCUGAGCGUUCGAAUGUCGAACAUACUUAAACUCCACAAACCCUGCUCAUCGCCCCUCCCAGCAGCAGAAGUGGAACAUCGCAAGCGAAUUUGGUGGACAACGUACUGCAUUGACCGGAUGACGAGCACCGAGAUGGGCCUACCACCCGCGUUCCAGGUCCAACAGGUAGAACAAGCGUAUCCAGACGAUUCAAUGUUCACUCCAGAGGAAGCGAAAGAGUUUUACGACGCCGAAACAUUGACGACGCAGGUCCAACUCGCGUUUAUCCACGCCGAUAUCUGCGAGAAUAUGCGGAGUAUCCGGAAAGACAACACGACAAAUGUCGGCGACCUAACUCGCUCCAUCCUACAGAGACUGGAAGAAGUACGAGCACGCCUAUCACCGCACAUGUCGUUCAAUGUGGACACCGGGAUGCCGCUGGCAAUGAAGCAAAUGCCCGAUCGAUGUCUGGCGUCAGUCUAUCAGCGAUAUCACCAGUGUUUUGUUCUCCUCCUACGACCGCUCUUCCUCAAACAAAUCAGCUAUCUUCUCGCCGGAGACACGGUGAAAUCGUACCAGGACGACCUGAAAUUCCUCACAAACACCUGUCUCCGAGCUGCGCGAACAAACCUGAAAAUCAUCAUUGAUCUCCGCAGCUGCGAGCGAAUGACCCGCUUUGGCUUCUGGGAAAGUCUGCAUCUCUUCUCAGGCCUCAUGAUCCUCUCCCUCGCCAUGUCGGUGAACUCGCGGUGGCCCGGCAGCUGCGACGAAAAGUCCGAUGACAGGGAUACAUACGACACAGCGAAGAAGCUUCUCGACGAGAUGAUCAACACCGGUAAUCUUGGUUCGAAGGGCCACGGGCAGAUGCUGGCUGAUGUAGAGGCAUUUCAGACUGGACUCUUCACUGCGCAUCCUGGGGCAGUGGACUUUCAGUGGGAUGUUGACGAGUGGAUUAAUCAGUUGUUAGGGGCGUAG